CGCCGGGCAGAAUGGCGGCCACUUCCAAAUCUUUCCUGGCUGACGCCGGCUACGGAGAGCAAGAACUAGAUGCCAACUCUGCUCUCAUGGAAUUGGAUAAGGGUCUCCGAUCUGGUAAACUGGGGGAGCAGUGUGAAGCUGUUGUCCGUUUCCCCAGACUGUUUCAGAAAUAUCCAUUCCCGAUUCUUAUUAACUCUGCAUUUUUGAAACUAGCGGAUGUUUUUAGAGUUGGAAACAACUUCCUGCGGCUCUGUGUUCUGAAAGUUACUCAGCAAAGUGAAAAGCACUUGGAAAAGAUCCUGAAUGUAGAUGAGUUUGUGAAACGAGUUUUCUCAGUUAUUCACAGCAACGAUCCAGUUGCUCGAGCCAUUACACUCAGGAUGUUAGGCAGCAUGGCAUCCAUAAUUCCAGAGAGGAAGAAUGCACAUCACAGUAUUCGCCAGAGCCUGGACUCACAUGACAACGUUGAAGUCGAAGCUGCUAUUUUUGCUGCAGCUAAUUUCUCUGCUCAGUCCAAAGAUUUUGCUGGCGGGAUAUGUAACAAAAUUAGUGAAAUGAUUCAAGGCUUAGCCACUCCCGUAGACUUGAAGCUGAAGCUGAUCCCCAUCCUACAGCACAUGCACCAUGAUGCCAGCUUGGCCUCCGGUGCCCGUCAGCUACUCCAACAGUUGGUGACUUCCUACCCAUCAACCAAGAUGGUCAUUGUUACUUUGCACACCUUCACUUUGCUUGCUGCAUCCUCUCUGGUUGACAUUCCCAAACAGAUUCAGCUCUUACUGCAGUAUUUGAGGAAUGACCCAAGAGAGGCUGUAAAAAGGCUUGCUAUCCAGGAUCUAAAGUUACUUGCAAAUAAAACUCCACAUACCUGGAGCAGAGAGAAUAUUCAGGCGCUUUGUGAAUGUGCUCUUCAAACUCCUUAUGACAGCUUGAAACUAGGCAUGGUGUCUGUACUUUCCACAUUGUCGGGGACAAUAGCCAUCAAACAGUACUUCAGCAUUGCUCCAGGAGCUACAGCUGUUGCAGCAAGAUCAUCUGACCUAGUGAAACUAGCACAGGAGUGCUGUUACCAUAAUAACCAGGGUAUUGCAGCUCAUGGAGUGCGAGUUCUGACAAAUAUAGCUGCUUCUGGCCAGGAAAAAGAUCUUUUGCCAUUGGAGCAAGAUGCAGUCUUUGGCCUCGAAUCCCUCCUUGUUCUUUGUAGCCAGGAUGGCAGUUCAGGUGCACAAGCAUCUUUAAAGAUUGCUCUCACUUGCAUGGUGAAGCUGGCCAAGUGUCGCCCCCAUCUGAGCCAGUCUAUUGUGGAGUCUUUGUUGACGCAGCUGCACAGUGCUCAAGAUGCUGCUAGGAUUCUCAUGUGCCAUUGUUUGGCAGCCAUUGCCAUGCAAUUACCUGUCUUAGGGGAUGGAAUGCUGGCAGACCUGAUGGACCUAUAUAAAGUGAUUGGGAGUUCUGCCUCUGAUAAACAACAAGAGCUGCUGGUCUCUCUUGCUACUGUGAUAUUUGUUGCCAGUCAAAAGACUUUAUCUUCUGAAGUUAAAACUGUUAUCAAACAACAGCUUGAAAAUGUCUCUAAUGGAUGGACAGCUUACAGGAUAGCCAGACAAGCUUCCAGAAUGGGUAAUCAUGGCAUGGCCAGGGAGCUCUUCCAAAGCUUGCUGACUCAAGUGGCUUCUGAACACUUCUACUUCUGGCUGAAUAGUUUGAAGGAGUUCUCCCAUGCAGAGCAGUGCCUAAUGGGGCUUCAAGAGGACGAUUGUAGUUCAGCACUUUCAUGCAUUGCCGAGUCUCUAAAAUCUUAUCACAAAGGGAUAGCAUCUUUAACGGCCGCUAGUACUCCACUUAACCCACUGAGCUUUCAGUGUGGGUUUGUCAAGCUCAGGAUUGACCUCCUGCAGGCUUUUUCUCAGCUCAUCUGCACUUGCAACAGCCUGAAGACCAGCCCCCCUCCUGCCAUUGCAACCACAAUUGCCAUGACCUCUGGCAGUGACCUUCAGCGCUGUGGGCGUAUUUCCAACCAGAUGAAACUCUCCAUGGAAGAAUUCAGGAACCUGGCUGCAAGAUAUGGAGAUCUCUAUCAGUCGUCUUUUGAUGCAGACUCGGCCACGCUGAGGAAUGUGGAGCUACAACAGCAGAGUUGCCUAUUAAUAUCACAUGCAAUUGAAGCCCUCAUUUUAGAUCCUGAAUCUAUAAGCUUUCAGGAAUAUGGUUCUGCAGGUGGGGCGCAUGCCACGAGUGAAUAUGAAAGGAGAAUGAUGUCUGUGUUUAGUCACGUGUUGGAGGAGGUGGAAUCGCUGAACAGAAAAUACGCACCUGUAUCUUACAUGCACACGGCUUGUCUAUGCAGUGCAGUCAUUGCCUUGCUGAAAGUUCCCCUGUCAUUUCAGAGGUAUUUUUUCCAGAAGCUACAGUCAACUAGCAUUAAGCUUGCUCUUUCACCUUCUCCACGUAACCCUGCAGAGCCCAUAGUAGUUCAGAAUAACCAGCAGCUGGCAUUAAAGGUGGAAGGCGUUGUCCAGCAUGGCUCCAAACCAGGACUUUUCCGCAAAAUUCAGUCCAUCUGUCUGAAUGUAUAUUCAAUACUACAGAGCAAAUCUGGACAAGAGUACAAGAUACCCAUUGACAGCUUGACAAAUGAGAUGGAGCAGAUGGUUGAGCCUCACAAUGAUUACUUCAGCACACAGUUCCUCUUGAACUUUGCUGUUGUUGGCACCCACAGCAUCACAGUAGAGUCCUCUGUCAGAGACCUCAAUGGCAUCAUAUGGAAGACUGGGCCCAAAACCACCUUGUUUGUUAAGUCUCUUGAAGAUCCGUAUUCCCAGCAAGUUCGGCUGCAGCAACAGCAAGGACAGCAGCCACCCCAGCAAGCGCAGCAGCCACAGCCACAGCAACGGACUGCAUAUUCACGGUUUUAGCCCUCCUGUGAAUGUUCUUUACCUUCAGGGGCUGGAGCUGGACAUUCCUUGGAUGCUGCCAUUUCCCACUUCUGUCCCCAGAAUUUGCCACCGUUGCUUCUUUUGGGGCAACCACAAUGAAUUUGUUCACCUUUAUUAGCCCCAUUCAAACAUUCAAAAUGCAGCUUGGUUGUGCCCCUGAAACAGCCAUUUCAGGUGCUGAACACAGCCAUAAGUUGUGCUUGGUUCAGUUUCUUUGGUUAGAUUCACGUGAGCCACGUGAUGUGGGUUAUCAUGGGUGUGGACAGAACUGAAUCCGUUCUGUGUCAGUUUUCUGAUGGCUUCAUUGCAUACAUGCCAACUCACUUCACCGUCAUUUGCCCCACUGUGAUCUGGUCACACAGUGAAACCAUCAACCGGUAGCUUUCAGUUUGUUCUGUGUUAGCUGGUAAUGCAUUUCAUCACACCAAAAAUGGGCUUUGUGAACUGGUUUAUCACGAAGGCCUGACAUCGGGAAUAAAAGAGCCUAAAAUUACACACAAAAAAACACCUCCCCUCAGCUUGAACACCACCAGCAAGAGCCUCCCUUUGGGAAGGCAGUGAGUGGGCAAGUCUUAUAACAAUUGUAUUUGUGGCAGACCAAAUUGCUCUUCUGGUUGACAGUUCCUAGGGAGAGCAAAUUCCAGUGCUGCACUUGGGCUUUCAAACCAAUUGUGAGCGUGUGUGUAAGAGAGAGAAUUCAUUCUGAGCUGAAGUAUUGUUCAGCACAUUUAGAAAUGUAAAAAGUUGGCAGAAAUGUUGAGAAAUCCUAGUUAGAUUGAUUGUAAGUACUCAUUUUGAUCUUUACUGGACUAGAAAAAAGAUUAAGGUAUAAUUCCCCUUAUAAAGUUGCAUUCUUUAUGUUUCUGAAUCCCAGCACUCUGCUCUUUUGUUACUUCUGUAUAUAACACAGGGAUGCCAGCUGGGAAACAGAAGAAUACCUUGUUUAAGAGGAAAAGACGUUUCAGUUGUAUGAUGUUUUCCUCCCAAAAGAGCAGAAAUGAAUCGUUGUUUAUGGGAAGGGAAUAUGUGGAAAGCCUCUAAUGUCCAGAGAGGAUUCAUUGAGAACAUUUCAUGGUUUUAAGAAGUAGCAAUUUGCUCUAUAUAAAGAUAUUAGAAAAGCAUAUGUACUUAAUACAUUUGUGCAUGAAAUGGUUUUUGCCCUCUUUUUAAUGUGAAAAAUAGAAAACUGCUGGAAGGACAGCACAUACCCUGAACCCUGUCAUUUCAGGAUACACUUUGUUUAGAUUUCAGUAACAUCUGCUGUCAGACCCUUCAAGAGUCCUGAAAGGAAGGACCUUCUCCCAUUUUUACAUUUAUCAGAUAACCUCUAUCUUGAAAUGUGCCCUAUUCAUUCUCAUUAAAGUCCAUUAUUCUGUGUUUCAGUGGGCAUAUACUUUAAACUGUUUGUGGGUUGUGAUACAUUGGAAGAAACAGCAACAGUCUUUGCUAAGAGGAUUUUAAAAAAUAUAUUGGGUGUCCUUUAUUUGUAAUGCACACAACUUUAUCUGUUACAUGCUGAAUAGUUUAAU